AUGAUUCAGCGUAUCGACCGCCACAUAUUGACGGUUGCUUUUUCACCGAUACAGGCCCGUCUCUGCGAGAAAGUCAUGCUCCUGGGCAAAGACAGCAUGAAGAAAGUCGCUGGAGAAAAGGAGACGGCCGAGGACGGCUACUUGCGAAGUUUUGCAAGAUCCAUUGCCCCUGGAGCCUCGCCUGGUCCAGGAUUGGAUUCAUUCAGCAUGGCAGCAGUCAAAGACUUCGCAGCCGCCUUCGAUCGACUGGCGGCGAGUGGCCCAACUACAGUCAAGCUGCAUGAAUGGCUUCGCCAUGAAUGGCUUCGCCAUGAAUGGCUUCGCCAUGAAUGGCUUCGCCACGAAAUAUUCGCUUCAACAAUGGAGGCAACCUAUGGACCUCACAACCCGUUUCGACACGAAAGGAAUGAAAAGGCAUGGUUUGAACUUGAAUCUGGCAUCUUGACACUCUUGUUGGAUCUGUUUCCAACCAUCUUUGCCAGACGAAGUCUGAAGGCAUGCCAUGCUCUGGUCGCAGAAUUCCAUCAAUAUUUCAAUGGCAACGGACACCUUGAUGGUUCCCUACUUGUGCAACUACGAAAUAAACACAAUGCGGCUUUCGGUCUUGAUACCAAUGAGAGAGCGCACGUCGAAAUCGGACAGGUCACAGGUGCCAUUGUGAAUACUGCGCCUACGGCUUUCUGGAUGGUUUGGCAAGUCCUUGCUGAUCCCGUCGUCUUGGAGGACUGCCGCCGGGAGGCAAAGCAGCUGGUGAGAAGCGAUUCUGAUGGUGCCCAUACCAUUGACCUCGCAGACGUCAUGACGGCUUGUCCCAUUCUUGUGUCGACAUGGCAAGAGGUCUUGCGGUUCCACGGAAUCACCAUAGCUGCACGUGUGGUUAAGGAGGACACGCUGAUAGACGACCAGUACCUACUCAAGAAAGGUGGCCUUGUCAUGAUGCCAAACGCUGUGAUCCACAGUGACCCAUCCCUGUGGGGGCCGACUGUUGGUCAGUUCAACCACAAACGGUUCCUCAAAGGUGCAAAGGACGCAGAGCCCCGGUAUUCGGCAGCCGCUUUUCGAGGCUUUGGCGGAGGUCAUGUAUCAUGCCCUGGUCGUCACUUUGCCAGCACGGAGGUCCUGGCAUUGUUGGCGUUACUUGUACGAUUCGAUGUACAUCCGGUUGAGGGAGAAUGGGUCCAGCCGGAGAAGGACAGCGUCAUGGACAGGGCAUGUCCGCUUCCGAAAUGUGAUGUGCUAGUUGAACUUGUUCCAAAGGGCAGCCAGAACUGGCGCGUCAAUUUUUCUGGUCGCCGGGAGGGCAUCAACAUUGUGGCCGAGGAUCUUCGAGAAAACGACAGUUACACAGGACGAAAAGCAACAAAUGAUAGAUUGGGCUCAGAAACAUGA